GUGCGCUCAUAUGACCUUAUGCAGUUGCGAGCGCCGUAAAACACUUACAAAGAACCCAACAAGAUUCAAAUACUAAAAUAGUUUUUAAAACUCGAGCCGUCCAUUGCAGACCUGUUAAAGAUGAACCUGACAGAAACUGGGAAGCUUGUGAUUUGAAUCUGUGUGAUGUUAGAAUUUCUAACGUAUCUUUAUUUUUUUUUCGAAAAAGUCAUUUAAAAUUCUCAUUGUCCAGUGUUCCGUCGCGGAACCGUGUUAUUUCAUAUUCGACAGAUGGCUCGUUUGUAACCAGUGUUUUGUGGAGCGCUCAACCACGAGACUGGAAGUAAAACCCCAGAAAAACACAAACACAGACAGCAAUCAGCUCGAAAGCAGCUCACGUAAAUCUUCCUUCAAAACAAACAUACUAUAACGUCAACAGAGCGUAGAUUUCCGGUCCUCCAUCCGCGAGACUCCCUUCGACUCGAGGGCCUCUUCCGUUGUGUUGUUUUAUCACCCGUCGUCGAGGGAGUAGCUCGCUGCAGUAUUUAAUGCGCAGAAUUUGCUUUCGAACGCACACAUAUGUAAUAAUUAAUUGUCCGCUAUAACUUCAUGUUGAAGACGCUAAACCUCUGGUGGUUUUUACGUAUCUCGAUAAAUCAGCGCAAACGUAAAAGCAACAUUGGCAUUCUUCAUUGUUUGAAAAUUUCGCUGCGCGUCGUUUCGUUGCCAGCUCCAAUCGGCCAAGUGAAGUGAUACUUUGACUUAUUGGAAGUGGUUACUUACUAACCACUAACGCGAAGAAGAGUUGGUUAAAUACUUAAGUACUAAAGUGAAGAACUGUGUCCAUCAACAAAAUGCUUCAGUACUGUGGCAAACACGAAAGCAUCCUCAAGUCAAAUGAGACGAAGGCAGGCAGCUUACUGAUGCAGGCCCUUGGCCUCACUAUCCCGAGGAUGUCCUGGUUACUUCGUGCCGCUCCCGCCCUUGUGCUGCUGGCUAUCAGCUGGAGAGCCAUAACUUCAGGGAUAUUUCCUAAGGAAAAGGUGCCGUAUGGAGGUCAAGUGCAUCCUGCUUUCCAAGAGGUGAAAGAAAUAUUUGAGAAAAAUGUGCAAAGUGGUCGAGAGCCUGGGGCCAGCUUCGCUGUUUACCGGCAUGGGAAACCUUUGGUGGAUCUGUGGGGAGGUUAUGCAGACGUUGAAUCAAAGAAACCAUGGCAACAAGGCACGCUUUCGCAGCUCUGGUCCAGCACUAAAGGCGUGGCCGCUGUUGUUGUUGGGAUGCUUGCAGAUCGGGGUUUCAUAGACUAUCAGCGCAAAGUCAGUGACUACUGGCCUGAGUUUGCCGCCAAUGGCAAGGAAGACGUUACAGUUGCCAUGCUGUUGAGCCACCAGGCUGGACUUAUGCACUUGAGUCGUGGGUUGACUCUUUACGACUACCGGGAUCAGUGGGAGCUCGUUGAGGAGCUAAUGGCGAAACAAGAGCCGAUGUGGCUUCCUG